AAAAGUAGUCUUGCCAAUGUCUCUAGCAUCCAUGCAAAUUCGGAAAUAACCCAAACGUUACCAAAAGUUUAGGUCCGUGACGUGAACUUCUUGGACAACUAAAAAACAAUAAACUAAACAUCACGCGCUGUCUCCGGCAAAAGAAAUCAUGUGGCGACGGAGCUUUAGCAGUAUCACCUCAGCAACAACGCCACUCAAGGACAAGAAAUGGGACGCUCUUGUCAUCGGCGGUGGCCACAACGGCUUAACAGCAGCAGCUUACCUAGCUCGCGGUGGACUCUCAGUGGCUGUCCUUGAACGGCGUCAUGUGAUCGGCGGUGCAGCCGUGACUGAAGAACUAAUCCCAGGCUUCAAAUUCUCCCGCUGUAGUUAUCUUCAGAGCCUCCUCCGCCCCACUGUCAUCAAAGAACUGGAGCUAGGGAGACAUGGAUUGAAGUUUUUGAAGAGAAUUCCUUCAUCGUUUACGCCUUGUUUAGAUGGGCGCUAUCUUUUAUUAGGACCCGAUAAAGAGUUUAACCAUUCUCAGAUAUCCAAGUUCUCUAGUCGAGAUGCUGAUGCUUAUCCCAGAUAUGAGAGGCAGCUUGAGAACUUCUGUGGGUUCAUGGAUCCUCUUCUGGAUUUGCCACCUCCAGAGUCAUUGCAAAAUGCAUCCUCUUUUAAUGUUAGGUUCAAGGAUAAGAUUGAGAAAUCGGCAUUUUGGGCUCGAUUUUUGCGGCGGGCUAUCUCCUUGGGUCAGAAUGAGAUGGUGGACUUCAUGGACCUUUUACUGUCUUCGAAAGUUUUGAAUAAAUGGUUUGAGACAGAUGUUCUGAAGGCAACUCUUGGAACAGAUGCUGUAAUAGGAACUACUGGCAGUGUUGAUACACCAGGAAGUGGAUAUGUUCUGCUACAUCAUGUCAUGGGAGAAACUGAUGGGGAUCGUGGAGUUUGGUCGUAUGUUGAAGGUGGAAUGGGCUCAGUAUCCAUGGCUAUUAGUAGUGCAGCUAAGGAAGCUGGGGUACACAUUGUUACAAAUGCUGAGGUUUCAGAAAUGUCAAUCAAUGAUUCUGGAGCAGUGAAUGGGGUACUACUCUCUGAUGGAACAAGGGUUCUAUCUUCUGUUGUUUUAUCAAAUGCCACUCCUUAUAAAACUUUCAUGGAAUUAGUACCCAGUGAAGUUCUUCCUGAAGAUUUUAUCCGUGCCCUGAAGUACUCUGAUUAUAGAUCCGCUACUACAAAGAUAAACUUAGCUGUUGAUAAACUGCCCCAAUUUAAGUGCUGUGAGAUGAGUCAUCCAGAUGCAGGUCCCCAGCAUAUGGGUACCAUUCAUAUUGGCUCCGAGAGCUUGGAGGAGAUUGACUUGGCUUGUCAAGAUGCUGUUAAUGGAUUACCAUCAAGGAGACCUGUUAUUGAAAUGACGAUACCUUCUGCACUGGACAAAACUAUUUCUCCUCCUGGUAAGCAUGUCAUAAAUUUGUUCGUUCAAUAUACACCCUACAGCCCAUCGGAUGGAAGCUGGGGAGAUCCUGCUUAUAGGGAAUCAUUUGUAGAAAGGUGCUUUAACUUGAUUGACGAGUAUGCCCCUGGCUUCAAGUCAUCAGUCAUUGGUUACGACAUGUUGACCCCGCCUGACCUUGAAAGGGAAAUUGGUCUAACAGGAGGUAACAUAUUCCAUGGUGCUAUGGGAUUGGAUUCCCUAUUCCUCAUGCGGCCCGUUAAAGGAUGGUCAAACUAUAGGACUCCUCUCCGGGGACUUUACCUAUGCGGAAGUGGAAGCCAUCCAGGUGGUGGUGUUAUGGGCGCACCUGGGCGUAAUGCGGCACAUGUAGUUCUGCAAGAUGUCAAAAAACAUUAACUUGAUGGAAUGCACAAGGCUGCCUAGAGUUUCUCACAUCUCUUUUCAUUCCAAAGUGUUGUCUCGGUAAAUUAGUUUAAAGAAUUGUUCUGUCCAAUGCCCCAUUGUUGUAUUGUAUCUCUGAAAUUACUGCAAGCAAAAGGCUCAAUCUGCUGGUAUUUAAUAGAAUUUGUAACAAUUAGCUGCAUCCCCUUGUAAUUUAAAUAAUUUCAGUUUCAUUUUUCAAAUUGACAGUCAAUCCCAAAUUAA